AUGACUCGACUUGUAAAACGUCUCGGGGUGCGACAGCAAGUAAUGGCCACAGCACAAUUAUACAUCCGCCGAUUUUACUCGAAGGUCGAAAUUCGGAAAACGAAUCCAUAUUUGGUUCUAGCAACAGCAGUAUAUUUGGCCUCCAAGAUGGAAGAAUCCCCGCAUCAUAUCAGGCUUGUGGUUAGUGAAGGUAGAGGAUUAUGGCCUGAAUCCAAUCUUGCUUGGUCGAUUGUAAAUGACCAUUACAUGACCGAUUUACCGCUCUUUUAUGCACCCCAUACUAUUGCCAUCAUGGCCAUUCUUCUAGCUCUUGUACUUCGACCAAAUGCAACUGGAAUUCAAUCAGCUAGUAGUUCUUCAGCUACGAACAUUGCGAGUGCCGCGCAAGCUGCAUUAGCGGCCGCUGGUCAAGCGAAGAACGGGACCCCUGAUAAACAAGGGGGGAGAACGAAAGUACAAAGAUUCGCAACUUGGCUUGCAGAAAGUACUAUUGACAUUGAAGCAAUCGUCGAUUGCACGCAAGAAAUGAUUUCAUUUUAUGAGGCGCAAGAGCAAUAUAAUGAAAAGCUUACUAGGGAACAGAUCAAUCGAUUUAUCAAAGCUCGAAACUUGGAUAAAUGA